CAAAACGCGGCGUACCGUCACUGGCCACUCCAAUCGACUACGACGUUAAUGGCUGACAGGAACUAGAUUUCAUGUGGCAUUGAUAUUAGUCAAAAUGGUGCUGACAUGUCGCUUUUACAAGAACAAGUUCCCAGAAGUGGAAGAUGUAGUGAUGGUAAAUGUGCGCUCCAUCGCAGAGAUGGGAGCGUAUGGUCGCCUUCUGGAGUACAAUGAUAUUGAAGGCAUGAUCCUGCUCAGCGAAUUGUCGAGAAGAAGAAUUCGUUCAAUCAACAAGCUUAUACGUGUCGGACGCAGUGAAUGUGUUGUCGUCAUCAGAGUUGACAAAGAUAAAGGAUACAUCGAUCUGUCAAAAAGAAGAGUGUCUCCCGAGGAAGUGAUUAAAUGUGAAGAGAAAUUUGCAAAGGCCAAAGCAGUAAACAGCAUCCUCAGGCAUGUAGGUGAACUGAUGGGUUACAAAACUGAUGAGAGGCUUGAGGAGUUGUAUGAGAAAACAGCUUGGUUCUUUGAUGAAAAGUACAGCAAACCUGGCUUUUCUUAUGAGGCCUUCAAGCAUGCUGUGCAAAACCCAAAUGUUUUGGAUGAGUGUGACAUUGAUGAGGACACAAAGAAAUGUUUAUAUGACAACAUUUGUAGGAGACUGACUCCACAGCAAAUGAAAAUAAGAGCAGAUAUCGAUGUCGAAUGCACAUAUUAUGAUGGAGUUGACGCAGUAAAAAGUGCACUGAAGAAAGGCUUGGAAAUGUCAACAGAGAACAUGCCAAUCAAGAUCAACUUGAUAGCUCCUCCUCUGUAUGUGGUGACAACGAGCACUUUGGAGAGAAACGAAGGGUUGGAAAGACUCAACAAAGCCCUGGAUGCCAUCAAGGCUGAGAUCACAGCAGCUAAAGGAGUCUUCAAUCUCCAGAAAGAGGCUCGUGUUGUCUCUGACAUUGAUGAGAUUGAACUGGAGAAACAGCUGCUGAAACUGGAGGAGGCCAACCAGGAAAGAGCUGGAGACGAUGAUUCUGAGGAGGAGGGAGAUGAGGAUGAAGAUGACGAGGAGGGAGAAGGCAAGGGUGAGAAAAAAGGCGGCGAGGAAGAUGGUGAAGAGGAAGAUGGUGAAGAGGAUUGAGCUGCCAGUUUGUUGUCAGUACAUACUUGUGUAUUUGUAAUAUCGGUGGAGUGACUGGAUCAUGAAGGAUGUGUGGUUACAGGUGACAGUGUGCAAUGAUAUCCUCUGUUGUAUUACAUCUAUCUUUUCAUUCUUUUACCUUCAAAGGUUGCAUAUUUAUUCUGCCAUCAAUGAUAGUCUAAGAAGCAAGUUUGCGAGGAAAUUGAUUCUUUAAAAGAUGAUAGGAUAAAUGCCUCGUAUGGUGAGGUUUGAAAUAGAUAUGUCGAGGGAAAGAAGCACUAAAGGCACAACAUUGGUAAGCUUGUAGCCUAUAUAAUUACAUGGAACCUGCAAUGUACUGAACUUUAUCGUACCUUGCUCAGCAUGUAUGUAUAGUCUCUGUAAAGGUCUAUUGUGUCCAGUAUUCUAUGCAUGGUGUCUAUCAAAAUGCUGAUGUCUUUGAGGAAGGGGGGGGGGGGGGGGGGGGUCUGCUUGCUUGGGUUUGUUUUUUUUCAUUGUUUUCUUCUAUUUUUUACAAUACUAUGGUUCUUUUUCCUUUUUUAACUUCUCUUUUCUUCAGGGUGUGGUCUCCAUUUGAAAGUCUGCCACGGUUUCAGUGCAUGUGGCAGAAAUUCUGCGUAAGAACAAAAUAUGCCUCUAGUCUUCAAACACUUAAUUUUGUAUUUUAAGUGAAGGGUUCAAAAGUUCAGCUAUAGGGAUGGAUUAAUAGUUAUUUUUAGAUAUUUUAAUGUUUUAUCUCAGUGAAAAGAUUUGUUCUGUCACAAAGGUUGCAGUAGACUGAUUGAUUCCAUGAUUAUGUGAAUAAAUCAAAAUGCAUCGGA